AUGACAUCGCGACAGCCACCUUCAUUGCCUGGACUAUACUAUGAUCCGUCAAAGAAAAGAUAUUUUCCCGCUACUCGCGAAGUACAAAGUCAGCUGAAGAGAGCUAAGCUACAGGAAGACUGGAAAGAAGAACUUCUAAACCAUGAAAACGUCCGACUGAUAAAUUACGAAAGCGGUAUAUUAGAAUAUUGCGAUGUGUUCAACAGGGCAUGUGAUAAACGGGUACUUAAGAAAGUGGAUCUUGCUUCACUGACCCUCACGAACAGCGCAUUAGAGAGACGACAAUGGGCCUCAGACAGAUCAAUGAAUGUCGAUGCGGUAACUGAAAACUGCCUUUCCAACUCAGAUGUUUUCCUCUGUGAUACAAAUAUUACAGUUCAUAACUUUGUAUUGUUGAAGGGAUACAUGAUUGAUGCUUUAGGGAGCAUCUAUGAUUACACACUAGAAAACGGCAAUCGUAUCAAAUCAACCGAUUUAAAAUCUCCAAUAACGGCAUACUCCAAAAAGUUUCUGGAGAAAGACGAACACUCAUUUGCAGAUAUUAUAUGCCGUCAAUUUUCUGUUUUGAAUCAUCACAUAUUUGGAUUUGUAGCUUUCAAGGAUACUUCUUUUGGAAUUGAAAGAAACUACUUUUACAAGUACAGUAUUGCCUCCAAAAAAUACGAUACGAUCAUUAACGUUGGGGCGAAAACUGAAAGUGUUUCAUGCGCUAUUUUCUUAAAACGAUGCCUUAUAUUCGCAGCCAGAAACAAACUAUACACAUCGCUUUGGGCCAAGAAACAAGUUUCAGUAAGAGCAAUUUCGACUUAUGCAAGGGGAAAUAAGCCUUCUUCCGAUAUCUUAGCAAUGGCAGUAUUUGAGGCUGAAGGAAACCUGUAUUUGGGCAUGCGCGAUGGGAAACUCUUCUACAUUCGUAUAAGUGGACAUAAUCUGCUCAUGACCGAAAAGACUGAGUUAAAAUUGCAUCCUUCCGCAAUGCUCAAAUCUAUUGUUUCUUUAUCUGUGCUUGGAAAAAACAUGCUAUUAGUCUCUGCUUUAGCCAAAAACCAAGAGUUCCAGGGUUUAUUUAUUUUGACAGGUUUCAAACGGGCAACAUUUGAAAAGGUGCAACAGUUAAAAACAAAGUUCCUCAAUUUUACCAAGGACACCGAAAUAUGUGCUGCAUCCCCUUGCGGCAACUUUAUAUGCUACGGCAAGAAGGGUGACGUAAGUUCAGAUGAUGCCAGUAUUGGAAAAACUGCGAACUUUGAGGUCUUUGCAUUAUACGAAACGACGACUAGUACCAAUAAUAGAGAACCGAUUACCGUGCGUUAUCCAUUUGCAACUAUGAAUGACUUCCUUGCCGGUAAGUUUGACUUAAAGCACUAUAAAUUAUCGAAGGUACAAUUUAUAAGAGACCUGAAUACGAAUGACUUGCAGGUAAAAACUGUGACCCCGAUCUCAGCUUAUUUUCCCACAAUCCCCUCAAACCGGGAAUUUCUAUCCCAAUUUCCUAAAGAAACGAAUCAUUACGAUAUUCGUUCAGCUUCAUUCAAAGUACCUGGAUACCAAGCCCGAAUAUCGAUGAUGUUCGAGUGCAACAACAACAUGUCCUUGGAACCAAUUGUAAUAUCUGUUGACGUAGUAUGA